AUGCUCAAAUCCGCCGUCCUGGCCAGCUUGGCCGCGCUCGCUCUCGCGACUCCUCUCAGCAGCGAGCCCGUCGAGUUCGGAUGUCAACUGCAAGCUGCGCGACGCAAAACACUCCCUCACCUCGCAAGGAGAGCUUCGGCGGAAAUCGUAGUCGACACCUACGUCCACAUUGUUGCGGCAAACAACACCGCGGACAGCGGCUACGCCUCACCAAAGGCCAUCCACGACCAGAUGGACGCCCUGAACGAGGGCUUCGCCAGCACCGGCGUCAGGUUCGUGCUCGAAUCCCUUGACCACACCAUCAACGCCGCCUGGUCCAGCGGCGUCGAGGAAGAGGCGAUGAAGAAGCAGCUCCGCGGGGGCCGCCACAGGGACCUCAACCUCUUCUUCUCCAAGCAGCCCAUGGGCCGCUUCGGCGUCGUGGGCUACUGCACGUUUUCCCAACGGGCCCCCGGGGGUUCCCGCCCUUUCAACAACGACGGGUGCGUCGUCGGCGUUGACACGUUGCCCGGCGGCGCCUUCCGGGAGUAUGACACCGGCAAGACCACCAUCCACGAGGUCGGCCAUUGGUUCGGGCUGCUUCACACCUUCCAGGACGGCUGCUACGGCGCAGGCGACUACGUGGACGACGCUCCUGCCCAGGGCUAUCCGACUUGGGGAUGUCCCGUCGGCAAGCGUGGAUACCUGUCCUGA